UAUUUUUUUUCUAUUAUAAUUUAUUAUUAUUUUUUUCUUUUUUUGUUAGUUUAUGUCAAACUAAUUUUGAAUUAAAUUAUUAAAUGUCGACUCAUUCUUCGACUCGAACUCGUGCAGUUUAUGGCACUUCUGCUGUUGAUGUAAAUAGUCUUAAACACACAUCUUCUAGAAGAGAUUCUACUGCGCCUCUAAUGAGUACACCACCUAUUUCUGUGAACAUAAGAGACGAUCCACUUGAAUCAUCGUCACUCAAUCGAGGCUCAUGUGAUCACCAUAUGAAUAACCAAAGAAUGGGGCUUUGGAGACGUAGAAGGAAUAGUGAAAGUUCCGAUGGCAACGAUGAUGACGACGACGACGACGACGACAACGACAAUGACGAUGUAGAUAAAAAUAAAAUAGAACUCAAUACGAGUGACGAAGAACAAAGUGAAUCCGAUGAGGAAGACGAAGAAGAAAAUACUGCAAAAGAUAUGAUCCCUCGUUUAACAGGGACUCGAAUAAAUGAAUUUAGAAUACAUGGUUUAAAUAAUAUUGCUAAAGAUACCAAUGAUGAACAGCUUUUGUUACUGGAGGAUGAAGAUGUUGAAAUUUAUAUUAUGGGAUACACAUACAAUCGAGUUCAUUUAUUACUAUAUCAAUUAUGUUCUUUAUUAUCAUUAGGGAUUGUUUGGCUGAUUGCUCGAUGGGUUCCUAAAUGGUAUAUAAGUUGGGUUGGUGUUCGAGUACCGUUAAAGGAGGCAGAAUGGCUUGUUUUUAAAAAAUAAUUAGACCUCUUCGUGAAUGGUAUCAGGGAACAAUUGGAUCCGUCUUUUCUUAUGAUCAAAUCAAAGAAGAUUUACUUCAGUUUAAUUUAGAUGAAGAACAAGUUAGAAAGUUACUUGAUAUGGAUGAGCCUUUAAAUCAAUUAAUGAUGGUUGAAUAUAGAUACAUUCGAUUAGCAUUUCAUCCUUUAUUACAUAAAUUUUUAAUUAUUGGGUAUAACAUCAAGUUUACAUGUAGAUUUUCACAUUCUUACUUUACAUGUGUGUGUUUAUUUAUUUAUGUCAUAGAUUUUGGAAGGAUCAAACAUGGAAUAGCACAAAACA